AAGGUCGUUGGAACGAAACGGCGGGCGGCAUUAAAACGGUUUAACUUUCUUAACGUGCCUCUUAUGUCUGUGUUCACGUUUCUAUCUCGUUCCCUUCCCCCGUUAAUUAACAUACCUGGAGUAACAUCUACUCUUUGUAUCAGCCAAAAGCUUCUGCGGUUGUAUGGUCUCAUCUUUUCCGACUCCACCGGUGUGUAUGCAUUUGGACCUGAAGUACUGCGAUCUCUGCGAAAGCUGGAAAGUUUAGUUGACAAUAACAUGUUACAGCUAGGAGCUCAGCGUGUUUUGCUCCCAACUUUAGGUCCGAGACACAUCUGGGAAAAAUCUGGUCGAUGGUCUACCAUGCAGAGUAGCUUAUUCAGAGUCAAAGACAGAUUAUCUCAUGAGUAUUGUUUACAGCCAACACAUGAAGAAUGUAUAACCAAUUUCAUUGCCUGUCUAAAUUUGUCGUAUAAGUCCCUCCCUGUUUUGAUGUAUCAGAUAACCAGCAAAUUUCGAGAUGAACCGCACCCAAAACAUGGUCUGGUCAGGGGACGUGAGUUUUUAAUGCAAGACCUUUACACAUUUGAUGCUUCUGCCGAGACAGCUGAGGAAACGUAUAAACGUGUGAAGACUGCAUAUUCUGACUUGUUGGUUAACCUUGGGUUACCGUACCUAGUUGCAUGUGCAGAUCCAGGAAAUGUUGGUGGUCUCAUUUCAGAGGAAUUUCACGUUCAAGCUGAUGUAGGAGAAGACCGAAUAUUAGCGUGUUCAAAAUGCUCCCUGAAAUUCAAUUCAGAACUUAAAGGUGAAGUUGCCAGCUCAUUGUGUUCUUUACAAUCUUGCCCAAAAGUAUUCAGUGAAGUUCAAGGUAUAGAAGUUGCCCACUGUUUCCUAUUGGGUGAACGAUAUUCAAAGUGCUUUGAUGCCACUUAUCAAUCCCCUUCAGGCUCAAAGUAAGUUACUGUGAAAUUAUCUGUAAACAACUACAUUGUCUUCAUCAUUUUCUUAGUGUUUGGAAAUUUUACGUAUGAUGUUUAUCUCAUAAAAUGACACACAUCACUCCAUAUAUUUUAUAUCCUAGACUUAUGUUCAUGGGGUGCUAUGGUCUUGGAAUAUCACGUUUACUUGCCGUCUGCAUCGAACACUUGACAAGAGUUGCAUUUCCUGACAAAUCUAAAGAUCAGAUUUCACAGCUUCGAUGGCCUGUCCGAAUCGCACCAUACAGCGGAUCAAUAGUUCUACAGAAGGAAACGGCCAAGGAUAGUGUGAAUUCAGAUGAGCUGAAAUAUAUCCUCGAUACCAUUCAAAGUGAUUCAAUCAACUUCAAGUUACUGGGUGACAUUUUGGUGGAUGAUCGCAAAGAAUUAAGCUUGGGUAGAAAAAUUCUGGACCAAAGCCGCUUGGGAAUACCCUGGAUACUUAUUGUAAAGAGUCAGAGAAAUGGAACAUAUGAAUUGAUUGAUGUUUAUAAAGAUAGAUCAUGCGUAGCUACUCUAGAACAAGCCAGGUCUGCAUUCAGUAACCCUGCAGUAUUUGAUGCAUCAUCUCUCCCUUCUUGGGAUCACCGACAGAAUGAGAGCAAUAUAAAUGGAAACAAACUCAUUUAACUUGGUUAGCGCAUACAAAACAAUUAAUUUAAUGUUAAAAACUGUAAUAUAAUUUUAAACUAAAGAAAUAUGUACAAUAAAAACUUGUUUGAUAAUCC